ACACGGCCCGAGUGUACAUGAUGCUCCAACAACGUACAUUUACCGACGCGAUGCCGUAAACAAGGGGCAAGACAGGAACUGGAUUUCCAGUCGGUGCAAUGAUAUUACAACUGCGUGAGGCGAUAGGCACUCCGACAGGAUUCACGAAUGACGGUUGCGUUUAGAUCCAGCAGUGGACAAGAUGGGACAGACGAGGGGCACAGCGUGGUUGCUUGAGGGUACAGACGCGUUGUUGUGACGAUUCGCCACAGACGUUGCUGAGGAACAAUGCCUGUCGCGCCAUGAAUGAAACACAGUUAUCUUAAAAUCCGCAAGUUCUUUCAAGAAAUGCCUUCUACGCCGCCCCUCUCCUAGGGAUCAUCAUCAACGUAAUCUCAAAUGACUUCCAGGGCUAAUGUUGGAUUUUUGUUUGGCCUGCCAGACGUGUAUUUCAACACUGAAUGCUCAGCGUAUGGCCCGAAGGCUUGUGAAAAAACCCACAAGCGUAGUCGGGUGGGACUCCAACCCACGACCUUCUGCUUACUAGUGCAAACGUAUUAACCACUCGACUACCUAAACCAUCCUUGAUUUCCAGGACUUUUCAUUCUUAGACUUAAUAUAUUCCAGCUUUCUUGGUACGAGCCUGGCAGCUCCAAUGAUUCUAUUACCACUCGACAUACCUGACUCCACUAUGGGCACCCUCGUUUGGGAGGAUAACAGCAACGUCACGUUUCACGACACGGCCGCCCCCGCCGGAUCAUUGGAAGAAACUGACGGCAACGUCUGCCAAUUCUUCGAGAACUACACGUCCGAGGAGGAAUUGGAGAGGAACACCUACAGUCAGGGCCAGGUGCUCUUCGUCUCGGUCUGCUUGCCCCUCAUCAUGGCGCUGGGAGUCAUCAACAACUUUGCCUUCAUCUACGUGGUGAUACGUGUUCCCCGCAUGAGGACAGUCACCAACUGCUAUCUGGUGGGUCUUGCCGUGUCUGAUGUGCUUUUCCUGGUAUUCGCUAUUGGUAGUAAAAUCGUGUGCUACGUCUCCUCCCCCAUUUAUGGCGACGACACCCCCCUCGGACUCUCAGGCUGCCUACUCACUCAGUUCAUCAUCAACACGUCCUACUUCGCCACCCUCUGUUUCAUCACGUUGGUAUCUUGGGAGCGGUACAACGGCGUCUGCAGACCCCAUCGCAAACGAGAUACAAAGCUCAGGAUCUUCAAACUCUUGGCUGCCUCCUGUCUGGCAUCCAGUUUGAUGUCGGCAACCCUGUCCUUAAGUCUUGCCGUGGAAAUCGUUGAAUGUAUAACCUGGCCCGACGGGCCCCCGUACGACACUUGGCCAACGCAACGAUACCUGUAUUAUCCGGUGUUCGACUGGGUAGACAAGUACUCCUACGGAGCCCAGACGAUACCCUUCUUCAUCUCGCUCACCAUCAAUGUGUUCUUCUACCAGCGAAUCAUCAAGGGGCUUGACAAGUCCAUGAACCGCAGGCACCUCCAUUCGAACCACCGCUGCAGCGGCGGGGACUCGUCCACGCGGAACCAAAUCGCUCGGAUGCUCGUCGUCAACGGCAUAACCCUGUUCGCUCUCCUCGCGCCUUUCGAGAUCAUGUCGCUAUUUCAGCUCAUCGGAAUGUUGCGGGAUCAUAACUUCAUCCUUACCGUAGAGGUGAGGGGCCCUCUGGUCGCAGUGGCUAGGGUACUGUCCUACAUCAACGCUGUUGUGAAUCCAGUGAUUUAUACGGCCCUGAGCAGUAGGUACAGGGAGUCCUUUAAAAUCACCUUCAUGCCGACACAAUGCCGGCCUCGCCAACGUCAGAGAAUCGAAAACUCUGUCCAUGGUAGCACCGUUACCGUACAGUGUGGAGUUACAUCGAAAAUACACGAAUCAAGAAUGUAAUUAGGGUGUCAAAUGCUACUUGGAAAAUGCCACUCAAACAUUGUAAGAAUUAAAGAAGUGACUAAAUAUAGCCUAAUAUUAGUAAAUAUCACAUGGUUAUGGGCAAAAUCCAUCACCACUCCCAAUACUACCACGAGUCAAAUCGAAAGUCUGAACACGAAUACUAUGUGUGAUAAACAAUGACAAAGUAACAGCCACAUGAUUUGAGAUUUGAUUGAUUUGACUCGUGGACUCACGAAAACUUGCACUACACUACUAACAUAUAGAGCCUAGAUUGUUUCGUAAUGCACACCAUGUUGUAUUAUAAAACCCUUGCCGAAAAAAAUACCAUGAAUGAGCCAAUUCCGUAUUACAAUAGCAAAUGCCCCGAAAAUGAAGCCCGUCGGAGGUCAUUUGGACGUGCGUGUACGUGAGGUCUGCCUCUUCAGAGCAGCCCUGUGGUACUGCUCACUAACUAUAAAUACUGCUAACCACGCGCUUUCGAACUCAAGGAAUACCCACCCGAUCUGUGAAAUGUGAAGCAAGGUGAGGGUGCAAAAGAUAUUAAAUGAUUAUAACUUGUAUGUGAUGAAAGACAAGGUUUAAAUAAUGGUGCUUUUGGACCAAGUGGCUUUCUAUGGUAAGUUUUGCACAAAAAGUACAAAUCUUUAAUUUAGUUUAGGUUACGAGCCUUAUUUUGGGUUUGCUGGUUUGCUGGCUACAGACUUCUUUGCAGCUAGUAUUCCUUUAGUUUUUAAUAACAUGACAAGAAACCAGUGAAAAUGAAGUGCAACCCUUGUGUGGCUGUUGUACUUUAUUACCACAAACGACAAUUCCCAUGACUUCCUUUUAACCGUUGAGAAUGACUGUAUACAGUCUGCAGCCAUACAGAUCACGUACGUUAGUCUGCGGAUCCAAAACCAAAUUUUCAGAGGUCCAUAAGACUUUACAAUCUCUUUAUAUUAACUUUUAUGGCCUUUCUGAGAGGUGAAGCUGAAUUUUCGUGCUUGUUACACGCUUUGAAAAGAAUUUAAAUGCAAUAAACCGCCAUUAAUAUCAAUACACAUCACGAUAUCAAAGUCACGCAAUGGCUAGUAUAAUGGUGAACACUGCUUUCACGUACACCUAGAAACAGUUGGCCAUUAGGAUAAUAUAGUCAUGUUGUGAUAUCAGAAGGCCCGCGCUGCAAAAUGAACCUCCCUUCAAAUCAUAUUAUUCAACCUCGUGCGUAACAGUACCCUCCUUAAUACUCAAUUCAUCUUUCUCUGACAAUCUAGUGAAGUUCCUCUCACUUAGGCCAAGUCGAAUUAAGCUCAGACUACUCAGUGCACGAUAAUUGAAUUUAUACGGACAACACCUCGUACAUUACAUGGCCUAGAGUGCUUUGACAUGGGCGCUGUACUGGCUCAGACAAAUUAUUCAUAAUUAAGAUAAAACGAUUAUUUUACAUCCUGCAAGCCGUAAGCCUUGCCACACAAAGUCGACCAUACUUGUAGACUUCGCAUAGUUCACGUGAGGCAAGAGAGAUACAAACUUAUUAAUCAUUCGGAAGGUUAUAGCGAAUACAAAACAAUGACCGAUCCUUCUAGAAGGGGAGUGUAUCAAAGAAAUGUUGGGGAUUUUAAUUGUCUGCCUUUUCACAGCUGACACGACCCGACAGUGACAAUGACUUCAACAUUUCCACAGAGAAAUAAUGUGAAUGACGUAGACCAGUAUGUCAACGACGAUUGGCAACAAUUAAUGUAACUAAGGACAAAAGAACAUUUUCAAAAACUAUACUCAGGUCUACCAAAGCCUAUGUUCUACAUUAAAUCUGCUGACCUUUUUUUUAAAUUAACAUUAGCAAUCAAGCAUGAGAUAGAAAGCUUUAGCAAGUCUAUCGGAUACGAUUUCACAAUUUUGUCGGAAAAGUCCUUGUAAACAAAACCCAUUAACGACCAUCGAAUCAAAAUUUACAAGCCCAUCUUCUUUCAGAAAUCUUUGUUUCAAAUUUAGCCACGUUUUUCACUUUUGAACCUCCGGGUUUUAAACAAAAUUAAGUUGAUCACAUGUACAAUGCCAACGAAACAAGCCACAAGCAUCACCAAUCCAUCAAAAAACUGAUAAAAUAAUGACGUCAAAAUGACUUGAUAUGCUUAAAGUAAUGUUUGACGAGGAAGUGAAGACCCUUUCAGGAUAUUCCAAGACAAAUGUACAGAGUUCGAUCCGAUAUCAUUGCUUCCCAGCUCAACCUAAAAUGUCAACUGGGCAGUUUAUUGCCUUCGUACGUGGCGUUAUAAAGAUAACCGUUGAGACUCGGAAACCUUUUUCGUUUUAGCGGAGGACAAAUUGGUGUUACUUAAAUGUCAAGUGACCGACGCUACAAUUUGGCGAAAGAUGUUUAUCUCGCUUACUUUGGUUAGGCGCGUAAAGCCCCAACAUUCUUAAGGGGUUUUUCUUUUUGCAAACUGAGUGUGCAAAAUUCACGUUUCACAUUUCCUCCCUUCCUUGCUUCAAGCUCAACCGUGGUAGAAAUCUGGGCUCCGGUAUUAUUAUUAGCGCAUUUCAACAACAUAUAUAAUGAAAAAUGGUACCCUCGUAUCUACUUCUACGCCUUUGGCGUCAACAGUAAGCGAUGCUGUCUCGACUGAGAACUAAUUUGUUCUCCUUAACAUAGGGCCUUCAUCAUACGCUGCCAGGUUUGCCCAUUUGGCAAAUUAUUGGAUUGCAAUGAAUAAAUAGAAGUUGGUUUAUGGAUAACAUUUUACUCUUUCGUUCUUUUCAUGUCCGCGCAUGAUAAAUGGUAAAUGCAAAACUAAAUGCGCGCUUCAGACGAAGGGUGUCAAUGCUAACCCAGUUAUGGGUACCCGAUAAUAAAAUGGCUCGCCGUGUGAAGAAUAAAAGGGGAGAAAAGCACGGACGUCGACACGUGCGAUAUUCCUCUCCACUUCCCACCAUUCGUCCUUUUACCCAUCUCAAAAUGGAGCCCGUUCUGACGGCCUGAUUUCCCCUUCAACACCAAGGGUUGGUCUUACCCUCUCCAACCACAACCUCGUGCAGUUUUGCCUCGUGUCACUGGGAAUUCUUAACACCGUGACGGUCGCAUUUCGAGGGGCUGAACGCUUGCUUGAGAUCAAAGUUCCUUGGAGGUGUUUGCAUCGAUAUUGACCGGGUCCCGUUGCUCAGCAAAAGGUUAGGACAAUCAGAGAUGAAACUAGAGGAUCGCUCGUUAUCAUCCCGCAACUGCUCUUAGUGCCUUUCCAUCAAAACGCAAAAUCCUUUUUCUUCAUUUUACUUCCACCUCCCACCAGAUUUCGGAGCUAACAUUCAAAAAUUUAAUAUAAAAGGAGUGAAAUUGGAUGCUGACAAAUUGGGGAAAAUUGCAAGAGACGCAAUUAGCACGCAGUCAUUGAGGUAUGGAAACCUCUGUAAAUCAUUCCAUAUUGUUUGAAUACCUCUCAACAAAAUGACGGCUAUACUUUCACUGACAGCCCGGACAUGUAUGGCUGACAUACAGACGAAGUAAUGUCACUGCAGGAAAAUCAAUGACGAUGCAAAGACUAUUUACCCCGAAGGGGCUAGACUUUCCGUGCAGUUUUGUCUAAAGCUUCUGGCACACGCAAAUUUUUCUUAUCUGCCUCGCGGAAACUCUCCUCGAGGAGAAAUCGCCACAAAUAUUUUGUUCACAUCGAUAAAGCGCCCAAUAACAACGAAAUGAUAGAUGACUCCGUCUAAAUUACGUCUCCGAUUGAAUAACAGCACUUCGCGGGCGACGGAAUUCUUGGUCGAAAACGAGUGUAUGAAACACAGCAUGGUCCUUAUUUCUCGCCAGUCCACUUAAUGACGUUGUUAAAAGCCCUCCACCAACCCUUGUGUUCAUUGGCAAGAACACAACACAAUUUAUCCGGACCCAAAUUGGUCAAAUUGUAUACGCAAAUGCCCAGUUACUAAACUGUAGUGCGUUUAUGGACAAUUCUCGAUGGAUCGAGUUUCGCUGUGCCCUGUUUUCAAUGAACGUCCAAAAUAAAAAGGAAAAGAACAAUUAAGCGUUUAAAGCUCCAACGAUUAAAUACAUGAGCGUUAAUGCUCAGCUUGCGAGCUUGACACACCGCAGCGAUUGGAAAAAGACUGCACAAAAGAAAUACUGCCGAAAAGAUUGCACAAAUGUGAACUUUCAAUCGCCAACGAUAAUCCAGCCCAGCUUAUAUGAUCUGUGAAAACACUGUGCUCCAGCUGAAGGCACUCUGAAUUUUAAAGGGGUGAUGGAGACCUGUUAGUGACCGUUACCGGCUGUGACAUAUUGAAUAAAAACAAAACCCGAAACAAAAAUUCUAUCCCAAGUUUGAACCGUAUAAAGGCCCAUUAAUUUUACACACGAGGUUUAGCGGAAUUCCGCGCGGUCAAAAAACUAGAGCAUAUGCUUUUCUGUUAAAAGCCGAUCGCGGGAUAAACCGCUUCAUUUACACAGUAGACCGAUUUUCAAGGAUACCGCUCUGAGACUGCGCAUUCUGGCUAGUUAGGCAAGAAAACAACACAAUUUAUCCGGACCCAAAUUGGUCAGAUUGUAUACGCAAAUGCCCAGUUACAGUGCGUUGUUAGGUAUAAGGCCCUGUCCGAAUCACUUGUUGGCUGUGGGCUGAUAUGAUGCACGAGUCUAUGGUAGUGGCCACAGAGUUCUCGAAGAGUCGUGUGUAAUUUCAAGCCAUAGCCAAGUAAUUCGGACACGGCCUAACAUCACGUUCGGGCCGAUACGGUUGAACAGUUCCUUGCCUUCGAUUCUUCCCAGGAAGCAUGAUUGUUAUUGUACAGUCAGUGUGACACUCUUGUCGUCGUGUAGUUAGUGAACAGUGAGCGGGUUUCUUCCUUGUGUCUAAGUGUAAAAUACCGCAGGGCGUACCGCAUUCCGUUACCGCUUUUCGAUACCGCUCAAUAAACAGGCCUUAGUCAUGACAUUAUAAAUAUUUUUCUUCGCUCUAGGUGAACUCUAUAUACAGUAUUCAAAAGAAGCGAAAUGUCCAAAUCCUUCCGAAAAAUAUCAACUUGGUUUCAGUUUCAUGAAGGAUAUUAUUUCAAAGGUUUAAUCUUCUACAGACCCGACAUUUAACCAACACCCCGCCCCGAACGAUAACUUUAAGAUGGCGCAACAUCCUGAACGAAUAUUGAUUGCCUACGGUUUGAUGCUUUUGAUAUGUUAAAUAUGCACGCAAGGCAGAGCAGCUCCGCUAAAUUGCGACAUUUAUCCGAAAUUACAGGGAGUAAUUUCCGACAACAAACACCUGACGCUGGUCCCCAUACGCCCGUCGUUUAGUUUGCUUGACAUCACUGCCCGAUAACUUCGAACCGACAAGCUGGCGACAAUCUAAAACACGACUGUCUACCGCCGACUGACUCUCAAACUGACCAUGCCAAACCCGAACAUUGAAAUCCGGCCAACAACUCAGACAGCACAGCAUCAGUAAGGAUUUUCACAGCUAAGACAACGUAGCCCUGACGAGACAUACAGGCAAUUCUGGACAGACUAAGUGGGUGUAACGGGAUCACGAUUUACAUUAUGUGGAUGCAGACGUGUCUCCGUUGAAACAAGUGAUUCAAAACCAUGUCUCCGUGAAGUGACACACAGCACUUUGUUUCUCAUAGUAAACUUGUACAAAAACAGACACCAUGUGUAUAUAGGUGUCAUCUAUAAGGAGCAAAAUAUGAUUGUUUAUAAAUAUGUUGUCUAGCAGUGUCGAGUUGUUUACUCUAUCGGAUAUCUGGAUAAUGCUUCUUGUUUGCGUCAUAACUUUUUUAUAAAGACAUCCACAAGGAGUACUUGGCACACCUUGUUCUAAUUUUCAUAGAAGGCACGACCAAAUAUUCCCAUAUAAAGUUCGAUACGUACGUAGUGCUCUAUAUCUCUUUAUCUAAAACUAGCUAAAAAUGGUUACGUCUGUUGGACUGCAGCGACAUGACUUCAGUGUGUCAAUAAUUUCGUAUUUCUGCAAACAUGUAGUCGUAUAUCCCUUGUAAAUUUAUGAUGCAAUUUGUAAGUGUUGAUCUUUCUGACAACUGAACGCAUAUACUGUUUGUGUGUGUGUGACAAGAAUUAAAUCGUGUGAUUAAUGUAAAAUGUGUAAUUUUGAAUCAUUAUAAAUUAUAAUCAUGCAAAUUUGUGACGCAAGGUGAAGAAAAUCUUUGGAUAAAACAAGACCUUGGAAAUAAACCAAUUCAUUAGAACGGAACACUGGGCCCCCAGCCGAUUCAUAAGAACGGGAUACUGGGCCAAAGUUAUUUACUGAAGAAAACAGAAUGAAAAUGUGGCUCAUUUCGUAAGACUGUAUCAUUC